CAGCUCAAUUGCGAACGAUACCGAUACCGAGACACUCGCAACGAGCACACAUAAAAUCAAUUUUUUUACAUUUACGAAUAAAACGACAGUGCUUAACUGAUUUUAAUUGUCUUAUUGAAAAUAUAAAAAAGGCCGCGUUAAAUUUCCCGGCAUAUAUAAUAUUUAACGAAUAGUUGAAAAUAAAGCCGCAAAAGUGGAUACCGAUAACGUAAAAGUCGAGGAUUUGAUGGACUCUGAUCCUGAUAUUGAGUUCAUUGAAAAGGAUAGCGGGAUGUCCUCGUUGGGUGGUAGCAAAGACGAAACGCCAGAGCGACGCACAGUGACAACAGUUGCAGCAAACGAUGAUCCACAGACAGAUGGUGAGAAUUACGAUGAUGAACCAGAUGAGUCGUUUGGCGAACGCAUGAUGGGACUGGCAGAAAUGUUCCCGGACUCGGUGCGCAAUACGGCGAGCAGUGUGGCCAGCGGCACAGUGAAUACCUGUCGCAGUCUCUAUCAGUUUGCGUGCAAUGCAUCGUGGAUAUUCUUCACGAGCUCCGUCAUCCUGUUUGCGCCCGUCAUCUUUGAGACGGAACGUGCCCAGAUGGAGGAGCUGCACAAGUCGCAGCAGAAGCAGGUGCUGCUUGGGCCAGGCAGUGCCAUGGCCGCAACUGGUCCGUCGCCCAGUUUACCAUUGAUUCGUUAAAAUACGUUAAGUUCCAGAUUCUCCACAAUAAGAAUUACUAAUAACUAAUAAUAAUAAUAAUGGGAGUAGUGUUUAAGUCAAUAAGUCCAAGUUCCCCUCCCCCGCUGCCAGUUAACAAUAAUAAACAGCAAAUAGCAGAAAAAGCAAACCAAUGCCAAGCUGCAAGCAUUUACCAACACUGCAACUAGGCAGUCAAUUUUAAUUCAUCCCAAUCUAGGCUUUAUUAAGAGUAAUUGUAAAUCUCUCUUUCAACACACAAUUAUUGUUUAAAGAAAGAAAUUAAUAAAACAUGCGUUUUUAAAAAAUGAUGAGACCUCAAAUAAAAAAAAAAACAUGCCAAGUGCGAAGUAUUUACUAACACUGCAAAGAGGUCGAUUUGAA